CUUAACCUAACCUCUCCAGGUCCACCUCCACCAUAUCUCCACCAGAACUCACCACCGCUACCACUCCCACUAAGUUACCACUUCCACACCAUCCAUUGCCCGCCACCAAGAUUUCUCCUCUUCCACUCUGUUAUUCCCCUCACGCUCCGUGACUAAGAAAUCUUCGCUGCAAGGCAACUUUGGCAUAUUCAGCUACCCAGAGCUUUUCGCGAACUGUACCACUCCGAAGCUUAUCAUCCCUCGCCUUGCACCGCGAUCUGCAGCCUGUGACAGAGCUUGUCAAACAGCUGUCCUCGACCGACAUCGUCACCCCAACUCGAUCACCAAUCCUCAACGUCACUUUUACACUUUAGCCCAACAUGAUGUCUGGAGAAGCUUGGUUGUUUCUGUUGUCGGUGCUUAUCAACGCCGUCAACCUCUUCUUACAAGUUUUCUUCACUAUUAUGUACAGUGAUUUGGAAUGUGAUUAUAUUAACCCCAUUGACCUCUGCAACCGACUCAAUACCUAUAUCAUCCCCGAGGCUGCUGUGCACGGUUUCUUGACCUUCCUCUUCCUCAUCAACGGUUACUGGGUCCCUCUCAUUCUCAACUUGCCUCUCCUUGGCUGGAACGUCAAGAAGUAUGUCGAUUACCGCCUCGAAUUUGCGACAACAGACUGACCAUGGCUAGGAUUGUUGACAACACUCAUCUCCUCGAUGCGACUGAAAUCUUCCGCAAGCUCAAUGUUCACAAGAAGGAAUCUUUCUUCAAGCUUGGCUUCCACCUGCUCAUGUUCUUCUUCUACCUCUACAGCAUGAUUGUUGCUCUUAUCCGAGACGAGUCCUCCUAAAAUGCUACCCCUCUCGAAUGAGCCGCGGUCCGAUUAUCACCGAUGCUAGGCAAUGUUUGGCUACGUCAGAUAGGACAGAUCGCAAUAUCUUAACAAGCUGGUCGAGCUCAGCUGACACCCAGAGCCGAGUCGACUAGUCACGCGACGACAAGAACAAGAGAACACGAUAUGAAUCUGCUACGGCAGUACAUAACGAGUGGAAGACAGUAUAGACUGAUGAUGAUGGCUUUUUUUAAGAGGCGGGCUUGGCGUAUAUAUCCUGGUAUCAUGCCAGCUGGCGCUCUGGUUGAUUACUUCAUGAAGGCGGUGGGUGGCAUGUUCUGUUGGAGACUGAGGCAUUGAUCGCACUUGGUGGUGGCCUCGUCCCGUCAUCCUUCAGCGUUUGAGCCCGGUGUGAUAAUUGAUUAAUGACCGAAUAAAAUGGCCAGUUUUGAUGCUUUGGAUGAAAUGUAUAGUUUCUUUAUGUACAGUAUAUGACUUACAACUCAUGACAAACAUUUCUCGUAUCAGUUAAGGUACUCGAGCUCAAACGGC